UGCAGUUCCCUCUUCUUCAAGGGAGAUGGAGAGUCUCCGGGGCCGGGUUAUGGAAUGACUGAUUCCCAUCUCGGGGUAAUCUGUGCGGAUUUCUGCUUCGAGAGGAUUUGAGAAACAUUCUCCAGAGACGGGCUUCAUGAGAUCUGCAAGGAACCGCAGGACUCCUAGCGCCGGAGUCAUAGAGCUUCAUGUUUUCUAUGUCCCAGCGGAAUUGUGGAACAGUAAGUUGAAUACAGUUUCCAACCAUGCCAUAAACAAGUUCAUCUCGGCAGGGUUCAUCAGGGUUUUACCUGAACUAAAUCUGAAAGCACUGAGGCAGCAGGUCGGAGACUUGCUUGGAGCUCGGACUGUCGAUGGUACCUUUGCUUUCCUGAAAUGUAUUGGAAGGAGUUUAGCAAUGGUUUCAGCAAAGCAAGAAUCAGAACUCAAAGUGAAGUCAUUUGCACCUCCUUAUGCUCCACAGCCAGAACUCUACUUGCUACCUGGAGUUGGCAGGAGGCAGCUACGUGAUCUGAUUCCAGUCGACAACCAGCAACUUUCGGAGGAUGUUCUAACGCAAUGUUCACAAGGAACACACGCAGCUCUGUUUGAGAAUAAAGCUACAGCAGAAUCAAAAUGUUCCAUCUGCACCUACCAAACUCAUGUUUCGAAGAGUCCAAAUGGAGACAACACCUACGUAAGCCAUCAAGGAGCACAGAGCACAAACAGGGUCACUGAUGCAACACUGAGGGAACAUAAAGUGAAUGAUUUUCCACACAAAGAUCAGCGCACCCAGAGCCCUGAGGGAAUGAGCAUCUACAAUCCACUCCAUCGGAAAUCGGCAAGCAUAAAGCCAGGAGAGAUCACUGAUUCAAGGGAACCUGAAACCAAUGGUUUUCUUCAAGAUACCCACAACACAAGGAGUCUGGAUAUAAACAGUACCUGGGAGCAGGAGAUACACUUCCUUCAAAACACCAGAGACAGCAAUCGGAAAAUAUACAAGAGUCAACAGCAGGAACAUCAGAUGCCGCAGCGAGAGAAAGAUAUUACAGCCAGCGGUGUUGCUCAGAUGGACAGUGGUCCAGUUGCAAAACAAGGCAGGAGUAACAGCACGGGCGAUUCCGGGCUAUCAGAAUCAUUGGAUGAGAAAGAUUUGGAAUAUUGCGAAAUCCAAAGAAAGAAGAGUCAGCAAGUAAAUCAGGGUCCAGCAUCGAUCAAUGAUGGACAGAGAACUGAUCAGAUGCAGAAUGAUGGUCAUUUGACAGUUAUGAAGAACUAUUCCCUGCCUCCUCCUCCACCUCCACCUCCACUAGAUCUCAACCUCAGAGCCCAAUUUGAGUCAGUCCCAACAGAGAAGGAGCAGCUGAUUGCCCAAAUAAAUGCAACAAAACAGGAGAGAAAAUGCCUUGAGAGGACAAGGGAAGAACUUGUAAAGAAAGCAAAAGGAUUAUUAGCACAGAAUCAAUUACGGAGGAACCAAGUUCGCAAUAGUUGGAAGAAGAAAUACUUUGAAUCGAAGAAGCUGACCGUUCCUCUGGAAGAAACAUCAUGCAAGUUGCGGAAGGAGCUGGAGGAGUAUUACCUGAAACUGCUGCACCACCUGGAGGCCCGGGACUUGAGAAAAAGGCCCAGAAAGUCAACUGGUGCUGGCAAUCCCAAAAACGAGUUAAUUAUUCAGAUCACAACACUCAAGCAUGAGAUUGAUCAGCUUUACAGGAGUGUGGAAAAUGCCAAAAUGAAGCUAAUUACUGAGAUAAAGCUAAGAAAGCAGACAACUACAGACCUCCGAGCUCUCCGUGCUGAAUUAGCACAGAAGAAGACCCAGUCAUCCUUAAAUCGCCUGCGUAAUGGCUCCGUACCUCACAGUUUGAAUGUUUUAGUGACUUAACCGAAAUGAGACUAUGUUGCCUUUGAUCUCAUAGCUGUCCCUGUGGGAUCUCACUGCAAAUAGUAUCCCUGUUUCCUGAUUUUAUUCGAAUGGUCCCACUUCAUAAACCGCUUCACUGCCCGUGAAGCACUUUGGGACCUCAUGAGGUUGUGAAAGAUGCUAUAUAAAUUCAUGUUCUUCCUUUGCCUCUGUCCGAUCUUGACAGGAGAAAUAUCAAAGUCACCUUACCACUCCUGAUUUACUUGCACGUUCCGAAAGACAGCCAGAUUUCUUCUGUUUUAACUGAUCUUUCAAUUUAUUUAAUGCAUACUCUUACACUGUAGAAGAUUAUGUUAUUGAUUCCCUAUUUGUAGCUGAUGAAACGCUAAUGCUAUUUUAUGCAAUUGUGUGACGGCACACUCAAAGACAGUGAGAAGUGGCCCACAUGAAGAUGGGUGAAAAAAAACCCACUAAGUUCCAAAGAGGAGAGGAGACCACAAUCCUUUUAUUUAAAAUGCAAUGUUUCAAGGAGACAACUCACCAGCAUCAUCUGAAGGGCAAUCAGCAAUGGGCAGUAAAUGUUGGGUCAGCAUCAAUAGUACAUUAUGUUUUAAAUGAAUCGUUAUCCUCUUUCUGACGUUAGUGUAGAUCAAUAACUAUAAUUUUGUCAAGUUGCAAAUUUAAUAAGUUGUGGGAAUGAAAGGCAAGCUUCGGCCCAUUGCAGCUUUACUGGCAUUUGGGAAAAGCGAGGACUCAUUCGGGAGAGUGGUUUUAUUUGGGGGGCGUUUUGUUUCACAAACUUGAAUUUUUUGAGGAAGUGCGAAGAUGAUUGUUUUUACUAGUGUGUCAGAAGUUGAGGGGGGCUGAGUGAAUAGAAAUAUAUCAAACUAAGAGAGGUGUGGAUAGUCGGAGUCUUUUUCCCGAGGGAGAAAUGUUAAAUACUGGGGGGUAUAGGUUUAUGGCAAGAGGGGCAGAGUUUAAAGGUGUGUGAAGGAAGCUUUUUUUUACACGGAUGGUGGUAGGUGCCUGAAAAGUGCUGAUGAAGGGCUUUUGCCCGAAAUGUC